UAUAAACCUCUCACCAUUUCGUCUUCUUUCUCUUCCUGAGAUCUGAAUCCUCGAAGCUCUUCGUGCUUAUCCCAUCAGCCUUCUUCGCUUCGGUUCAAUUCCAUCUCUCUGAGCUCGAAUCCCUCUCCAGAUCGAGCUCCAUAUCGCCCAUUUCAGUUCCCUUAACCCUCAGAUCGGCAAAACCUACACGGAAUCUCGUUCUCCGAUGUUGAAACCCUAGAUCUCGGUCCCAUGGACGGUUUCGGAGCCAAAUUCCGUGUGGGGGCUCUCGCUGCUGGAUUUCUAUGGCUGAUGACUGCGGCUUUGUUCAAGCUCCUGAAGCCGGUGCCAAACGGCUGCGUGAUGACUUAUAUGUACCCUACCUACAUUCCGAUCGCCACUCCGGCCAAUGUUUCUUCGGACAAGUAUGGGUUGUUCUUGUACCAUGAAGGAUGGAAGAAGAUCGAUUUCGCGGAGCAUCUCAAGAAGUUGAAUGGGGUUCCGGUGCUCUUCAUUCCGGGGAAUGGCGGCAGCUACAAACAGGUGCGGUCUCUGGCAGCAGAAUCUGCUAGGGCAUAUCAAGGAGGGCCAUUUGAACCUAGUUUUUAUCAGGAGGCAACACUUUUAUCUGUGGAGGCUGGAAAAGAAUUUAUGGAGGAAUCAGAUGAUUUUGCAUUUCCUAGCCAAUAUGUUCGAAUGUUGGAUUGGUUCGCUGUGGAUCUCGAAGGAGAACAUUCUGCUAUGGAUGGUCGAAUACUUGAAGAGCACACUGAAUAUGUUGUAUAUGCUAUCCACCGGAUCCUGGAUCAAUAUCGUGAAUCUCGUGAUUCCAGAUCCAAAGACGGUGUUGAAGUUUCAGAAAAUUUGCCCACUAGUGUAAUAUUGGUAGGCCAUUCCAUGGGUGGCUUUGUGGCCCGAGCUGCACUUGUCCAUCCACAUUUACAGAAUUCAGCAGUAGAGACUAUUGUAACUCUCUCAAGUCCACACCAGUCGCCUCCUAUUGCAUUGCAGCCUUCCCUGGGUCAGUUUUUUUCUCAAGUGAAUGAAGGUUGGAGAAAAGGUUAUGAGGCCACAACUACGCAUAGCGGCCAUCUUGUAUCAGCCCCUUCAUUUUCUCAUGUUGUAGUUGUAUCAAUAUCUGGUGGCAUUCAUGAUUAUCAGGUCCGAUCAAAGUUGGCUUCUCUUGAUGGAAUUGUUCCCUCCAGCCAUGGUUUUAUGGUAGGUAGCUCAGGAAUGAAGAAUGUAUGGCUCUCGAUGGAGCACCAGACUAUUCUCUGGUGUAAUCAACUUGUUGUGCAGUUGUCACACACCCUUCUUAAUCUGGUAAAUCCUGAAACUGGACAACCUUUCCCAAGCGUCAAAAAGAGGCUUCUUGUGUUUGUCAGAAUGCUUCAAAGUGGCUUACCUCAAAAUUUUAAAUUGCUUGAGCAUAUGCAAUCAUCUCCGGUGAAAGAUUUUCCCACGAAGGAUGAAAAGGAUGAUACUGGGGAAGGAUCUCAAUUACGGCAUCUCUAUUCCUGUUCACCAUCUUUGCAUUGGACUGAUGAUGGCCUAGAGAAAGAUAUCUAUGUGCAAUCAAGUUCUGUUACCAUUCUAGCAAUGGAUGGGAAAAGACGGUGGCUAGACAUCAGGAAACUGGGAUCGGAUGGCAAAGGCCACUUCAUCUUUGUUACAAACCUGAUACCAUGUUCCGGCGUCAGAUUACACCUCUGGCCUGAGAGGAGUAAGACAUUAUCAGAAGCAGAAGUUUCUUCUCAUAAAAGAAUCCUUGAGGUGACAACACGGAUGAUUAGGAUUCCUGCAGGACCUGCCCCAAGGCAGAUUGAGCCUGGAAGUCAAACUGAACAAGCACCUCCAUCAGCUGUGCUUCAAUUGAGUCCAGAGGAAAUGCAUGGUUUCCGAUUCUUGACAAUUUCAGUUGCUCCUAGCCCGACUAUUUCAGGUAGGCCUCCCCCAGCUGCUUCUAUGGCUGUAGGCCAAUUUUUUAAUCCUGAAGAUGGCCAGAGAAAAUUUUCUCCUGGCUUUUCAGUUCGCACAAUCUAUGCUGAAGAGGAAAUGUUCUUGAAGGAAGAUCAUCCUCUUGCUUUAAAUCUGUCAUUCUCAUUGAGCUUAGGCCUUUUUCCAAUUAAUGUUUCACUGAGAACUGUGGGCUGUGGAAUUAAAACUUCUGGGGAUCAAGCUGGAGUGGACCAGAGCAACUUGUGCAAACUGCGCUGCUUCCCUCCGGUUGCCCUUGCUUGGGAUGCUGUGUCAGGUCUACAUAUAAUUCCUAAUCUGUAUUCUGAGGCUAUUGUUGUUGAUUCAUCUCCUGCGAUGUGGGUUUCAAAUCCUGUGUCUGAGAGAACCACCAUUCUUUUGCUGGUCGAUCCACAUUGCUCAUACAAACUCAAUUUUUCUGUUUCACUCACUGCUGCAGCAAGCAGAUUCUUUCUUUUGUAUUCAUCACAGAUUUGUGGCUUUAUGGUAGCUGUGAUAUUGUUUGCUUUGAUGCGCCAAGCAGACGCAUGGGAACUCGACUUGUCUAUGCCAUCACUUAUAACAGCUGUAGAGUUGAAUUUGAGAUUACCGUUCCCACUUUUGCUUCUCUCUGUGCUUCCUAUAUCUGUUUCAUUACUCCUUUCUUUGCUCAGAAGCGAACCAGUUACUCCAGUUGCCAGUUUUGUUGGGGUCUCCACAGUCUGUUAUUUAGUGGCCAAUGGAUCUGUUAUACUUGUGAUAUUGAUCUCUUAUUUUGUCCUGUAUGUAGCUGCCACUGUACAAGUUUUCAUUAAAAAACGGUGGCAGGGUUGGGAGGAAAAUCCUCGAUUGACUUAUCUUCGUCGUUUACUUAGUUUCUCGUCUGUCUUCUUUCAAUUGAGGCUUGUGCGCAUCAUCAGAAACAGCCCAAAUCUUGUGGUUGCAAUUGUCACAAUCCCUGUGAUCUGCUUUAUUCAUCCAGCCCUGGGCCUGAUGUUUCUGAUCCUUUCCCAUGCUUUGCAUUGUCAUGCAGCUUUAUGCAGUUUUUUGGCGGCUUCGUUUCGCAGUAAUUCACAAAGAAAGGAGUUUUAUGAUUCUAGAACCAACGGCAUAUCUUCAUUGCCAGCCAAAGCUAGUGGUGUAUUUGGUCCACUUCUACCAUUGGAUGAGAACAGCUCUUCAAGUCCAAACUCUGCAAGAAGCUAUGGUGACAGUCAGUUAGAGAUUUUUAAUUAUCAGCAUGGAGUGCUGAUCUUGCAUGUUCUUGCAACUCUCAUGUUUAUACCCUCACUAGUGGCUUGGUUACAGAGAAUUGGCUUGGGGCAGCGCUUUCCUUGGUUUGCAGACUCUGCUCUCUGUGUAGGCGUACUCUUCCAUGGUCUCUGUGGCACCUCACCAGACAUCAGUUCCCUCUCAUCUCCUUUACCUAGACUCUUUGGUCGGGAAAUUGGUCUUAGUCUAGUAUACCUUCUUGCUGGAUAUUACUCUUUUCUCUCUGCUCUGGCCUUGGCCCCUUACAGAGUAUUUUACGCAUUGGCAAGCAUUGGAAUCCUGUCUUUUGCAGCUACGCUCAUCAGUAACAGAAACAGACAUAAAGGUGAUGCAGCAUAUAGAACCCGGAGGCGACACUCUCAUAAACAUUAGCAUUCUCAUAGGCAAUACUUUGUUCACAAGUUUCUUACCUGGGUUUCUCCCAUGUGAAGUGAAAUUUCAUACACGGCUCCAUCAAUUUUUACCACUUCAACACAUUGCAGGAAGUGACCUGGCUUCAUGUUGACAAAUUUUGUGACACAGAUUGAGUUAAGCAGGGAUUUCCUCCGGUUUCUAAUUGAGGACAAUGCUCGAAAUAUUUCCUGUUAUUGUAUUACUCUGCAGAAAGGAUGAGACCGCGCCACCCACCCACCUCCUAUUUUGGUGUUGUACUGAGCUUGAUAGAUUAUGACCCUUGCGGUUGCGGCAAAUCAGGUCCAAAUGAAUAUCAUAAACUUAUCAUUUAUUUUUAUUUGUGUUUGAUGUUCAAGAGGGUAAUUGGCUGUUGAGAUUUUUGCUGAUCAAGUAUGGGUAUUUGUUAGUGACAUUAAAGUUUUGAUGCUUUGCAUGUCCGCCCAGGAAAAUAGAGUAUCAUUGUUUUGUUGACUACUGUACUGAUUGUUUGUGGCUGUGAAUUUUCUUUGGUUAGCUUCCUUUCUUUCUUUCUUUCUUUUAAUGGAGCUUUCUUAUGAUUUUGUCUGCUCU